AUGGACGAUGAACCGGGACCAAGUCGAGACAGCAAUAUAGAUUUAGUGAUAGCGAAAGUACUGGAAGGCAUCAAAGAAACACUUCCUCACGUUACAGAUGAAUUCAUAAUGGAAUCAAUACAUAAACAUGGUCGCACCGACACGAUUUCGGCAACUGAACAUUUUAUGAACAAAGUAUUUCACGAUUGUUUUUAUAGUUACACGGAGGAAGAUCAGGGAAAAACAUUCGGACCGGAGAGAAUGCCGGAGAUGGCCUCAACAUCUUCAGAGCCGAUGGAAGUGGUUCCUUAUGAUGCAAAACAUCCGAAUGUCACAAAUCAAUACGAAGAAGAACAAAUCAAGAAGGCAAUGUUGAAUUCAUUGAAUGAUGGAUCAAUUCGAUUACCAGUUCCUCCUAUGAGUUACUCGCCCAACACGAACUUUUGUGAGAAUGAAGAAGAAAUGAUUCGGGACUGGAAUAAAACCACAGGACUGCUAAACCAAGGAAACUCGUGUUGGUUCAACUCCCUGACACAGAUGCUCUACAGUAUUCCAAAAUUCCGAUCAAUUCUCCAUCAUUCUCCUCCUAUCACUUGGCAUCAGCUUCCGAUUGUCAAUGUGAAACCGAAGUUUGUGAUCCACGCAGAGCUUCUCCUACAGUUUCGUGCUCUAUUCGCCCAGAUGCAGUUUUCCGAAGAGAAGUUCAUUCGUGCCGGAGAGAUCCUGAGAACUGUCGAUAAACUCUAUACAUCCAAUGGAACAAACCAAUCAACGAUCGGAACUCAACAGGAUGCUUCAGAGAUGCUCAUUCUCAUAAUGCAAUGGCUUGGAGAUUCAAUCGAUGCAGCAAUGUAUGCUCAUGAAAAUCCUGAAUACUCGAACGCUGUGGAUGACAACUUGGUCAUUUCCGACUCAACAGAUCAACCAGCAAACAGUGAUGUUGCCGGCACUGCUCCACCUGGAUACCAGGAAGAAGCACCUGUUGUAUCAUCAACCACGAAAUCUAUUUUUGAACCACCUGAGUCAAGACCAAACACUCCGACAGAAAAAGAACCGAUUCGUGAUGCACAAGGAGCUCGUAUUCCGAAGUCUCCUAGACAGUCGAUCCCCCAGUUAGCACCUGUCGAGGAAGCAAUGGACACUUCUGAUGUAUCUCGUAAAUCAAGUAGCAGUCAGCCUCCAGUUCUUGAGAAUCAAAAAGAUGGAGAAGAAGAACCUCUUCCAGUUGAUCUUACUGUCAAUGAAGACACUGUUUCUCUUGUUAAUAAUUUGAAACAAAGCUACAAGAAAAUAUUCGAAGCCACAUUGACAACAUCGACUAUUCAUCAAGAUGGAUCAUCAUAUGGCCAAGAGAAUAAAACAGUUCAUUGUCCCGCAAGCUUCACUCUCCAAGUGGAGUACGGUAACCUGCAUGAUGCACUAGAAGCAUCUACAUUCAGUGUCAGAGAUGAUGGAGUAAACAUUCGUAACAUGUAUGAAACCCUUCCUGCUGUCUUCUUCUGCUCACUUUCAAGAUUCCAAUUCGAUAGAACCGGUGAAAAAGUGCACAACAAAUUCACCUUUCCUCGUGAACUAUUUAUGGAUCGAUACUUGAAAGAAUGUUUGGAAAUCAGUGGAGUUUUAAGAAAGGAACUUCUGGAAAAGAGGCAUGAGUUAUCACUGAAUAGAGCGAAAUUGCAAGGAGUCAGAAGUUAUCCACUUGGAAAUGGAAAGACAAUCAACUUGAUUGAUGCAUUCGAGACUGUCAAGAAUGUUACUUCCAAUAUGAGACUAAGUGAACCUCCUUCGAUAGAACCAUCGAAAAGAGAAGAAGGGACUAACUUCUUGGAAAAUACUGGAAAGACUUUCCCAUAUUUCACAGAAGAAAAUUUCCCCGGAUUGUCCAGCUACAUUGAGAAAACGAAUGAAGCGAUUAUGACGCUCAAGAAAGAGGAGAGUGUUCUAGUGAAGGAAAUGGAAGCGUUGCAAGAGAAAAUCAGUUCAAUUCAUGAUGUGGAUGAGUUGAAGAAGCAUAAAUACGAACUUCAUGCGAUGAUCAUUCAUGAUGGAGAGAUAAAUCGUGGACAUUAUUGGACGUAUAAGCUGAACAAGUCAAUUGACGGGAAAGAAGAAUGGGAGAAGUUGAAUGAUAGAGAAACAACUGCUGUUUCAUACGAUCAGAUUGAGAAGGAAGCAUAUGGAACAGGAUCUCCUCAUGAUCCAUCUGCCUAUCUUCUUCUCUAUGUUCAAUCUGGUGCUGAUUGGCUCAUGGCUGGAGAUAAUGAGACACAUAGCGAGUCACUAGCAAACCUUCCAUCUGAUCUUCAAUCGUUGGUUCAUCAGAAGAGUGCGGAGUUCAAAACACGUCUGGAAAACUUCCGACAACGGCAGAUUGUCCGAACUGAUUUGCCUCAUAUUACACAGAUGGUUGACAGUCCUGCACUACCGAAAUCUUUGAAGUCGUUCAGUUGGUAUCGAGGAUUGGAUGAUAUGUAUCACGAUGUGAACGCUAAUCCAGAUGAAUCUAUACUGAGGGAUCGACUGGAUUCAUACCAAGUUCCUGUUCUUGGGGACAAUGAGAUUUUAGAUAUGAAAAAUACAACUUCAUUCCUCUGGAACAAGAUCACUUUUUUGGAUCCAAGCGCAUUCGUAAGCUCCGAGAAACUUCUGGAAGCUCAUCUUCUAGAAACAAUCGACGGAGAACACGGUGGAAAGGAAUACAUUGAGAAAAAUCUCUCAUGCUCAAUUAAUGAACUAAAGGAAGACGCUGAAAAUGAAAUCGAAAGCGUAUACAAUAGUUUCAUCACGAAUUAUAUUGGCACUGUCGCUCACCUGAAGAAAAUCUACCUAUCUCGAUUCGUCGUGUUUGUUGUAGCUCAGCUUCCGAGAAUUCACGUUCCAGUCAUUCGAUAUUUACUAGUCCGUUCCAUGAUCCAUGACAAGCUCGGUGUUUUGGGGAAACAUGCGAAGAAGGAAAUCCAGGGAUAUAUGGAAAAUUCAUCGGAUAGCGGAAACACUAUGUAUAGAAUCGCUGAAAUGUUGGCUCAUAUCUUCCAUACAAGUUUAUUGUCAGCAGCUCAUUGUCGCAUUUCCUGGGAGAGCUUGGAAGUUUUCUUCGUCGAACUCAAUCAAUCACGGGAAAGAAUCGAAACGUUGUACAACGCAAUGAUUGGUGCUAAAAACGCUCGAAUUUUGAACAUGAGUUUGAGACGGAUCGCUGAUUUUCUCGAGCAACCUUCGAUCUACUUCAUCACUCAACAGGAUAUUGAAGACUGUACUGUAUUGGCAUUGCUGGCAUCAUUCAGAAUGGUUGUAAGCAUCCUUAUGAAUCGGGCAUGUCACCUCCACGAUUUACACAUCACGUUGACACAUACCGGACGAACACUUCUAACUGAGAACAUUGUCGAAGAGAUUUGUAUUGGAUUGUAUACAGUACAUAAAUGGUCGAAAGGGCUAGAGGGCCAUGAUCCUGCAAAUUCAAAUAUCAAUAUGAAAGAAUUGUUCGUUCUACUAUCAAAUAAAUUGGACUUCAUUUGCGCAUCUGAUGCUAUGGAACAUGACAAAGAAAAACUGAGCGUAGCCAGUAAAAUGCAGACAGCAUUAACCGAUAACCUAUUUCACCCCCUGGAUACUCUAACAGUUGGAGCUGAAUGUGAAUUGGACAGUGGAGAAAGCGAAAUGACUCAGAUUAACAAAAGUCGCAUUUCAAUUGGCAAUACGCAGAGUAAAAUCAAUGCUCAGUUGGCUGAUAUUGUCGCUGUCAUUACAAGCCCUUACAUGUGA